CGCCAUGUAGAAACUGAGCGUUUGUAAAUAUUAUUGGUAUGGAGAAUGUGUCAGUGGAAGAAAAUUAGUGUACUGUUUGUGUAUUGUGAAUGUCAGUCCGUAUAAUGGAUUCUAUGGAGUCUGUUGUGAUGUAAAUGUUGAAUAGUUGUAUUGCCUUGCAGUAACGAGGAAUUUGACAAAAUUCAUAACCUUCGGUGACAUUUGCGCUGUAGCUCCUCACUACAUGUUUCGAUGGAUGCAAUGUGCGAGGAAAUAGACGCUCUUAUUUCCGAAAACAACGCAUUGGUUUCUCAAACAAAAGAAAAAUAUAGUCAUGUUAUUACUGAACAGCAGGAAAUAAACUUGAAAUUAAAUGGUUUCCUAUGUUUGCUGGACAGAUUAAAGGUCCACGAGAGAACCCAGAAUAAGGAAGAAGUAACUAAAGAAUACCUUGACUUAAAGUUAGGGGUGAUGUGCAAUAUCUUGUGGCUAUGCUGGACAUACAACAAAUUUUACGAACUGUAUGAUUCUGUUCUUUUGACCAAAAUUGAUGAAAAUUUGAAGAUGGUAUUGUUGUCUAGCAUAGGGAUGCUUGGUGAGAUUAAAGUAUGGCCUGAUGCUUUAAAUGGAAGAAAUACAUUUAAUAUCAGUUACAUGGAACUUGUUCUGGAGAAAAUAUUGUCAUUGCCAGUCAUUCAUGCCAGGAAGGUACUGCAACUGUGCAUACUAAGUGUUUUGUAUAUUUUGAAAUUUGAUCCAGGAGAUGAUCUAUUAGAAAAAUGCAUUAAUUUGGUUACUACUUCAUGGAACAUAUCAAAAAAACUUUCAGAAAAAGCUCAUUGUUCAUUGGGGUCUGAUCCCAAGGAGACAAAGGUAAUUGGGACUGAUGACAAGAAAAAACUACCUAUUUCACAAUUUGAUUUUCUCCAGUGUGCUGCUCAUCACCAGAGUUUCUGUACAGUUUUAAGUGAGACCUUACAAGUCCUACGGAACUUGUGUUGCACUAAACUGAAAAACAGAGAGAAUGCUGUGGCCUUCUUAACAUUGCCUGUUGAAAAUAUGACUUAUUUCCACUACAUCAAUUUAUAUGUAAGAGCAUUUGCAUUUAUCUGCCAGGCAGAACUGAAGCAGAGUUCAGUUCAGUUAUGGGCCAUUACCCAGUUGAAUUUAGAUGAUUGCCAGAAAGCGGCAAUACACAUCCUGCAUGGCUACUACUUACAGAACAGUGGAUUUUACUCAUCUGCCCAUAAGCAAUAUGUCAAAUCAAUAGAAAGUGCCUGGAUGAUGAUAGCUCUUCAACUUCUCUGUUCUAAUUACAGUUUUCUCAUAACAGAAAUUAAAGACAAGAUUGGAAGCAGCCCCUCAGGAUUCUUAGAUUGUUACAUUCAACUGUUAAAAACAUCAAAAAGUGCUUUGCGUGGAAGUUGGAUAAGUUCAACGAAACAUAAUGUGAACUUUGAAUUCACAGUUAUCAGUUAUUUGUAUGCAGAUCCGAAGUUUUCAGAGUAUUCCUUACAGUAUGAUUUGGCCAGGGCCUACACAAAGUGUCAGAAUUAUCUGUCUGCAUCAGAAGAGUACAUGUCAUUGCUUGGAAGUAUCUUGACAAAGGAUUAUAAUGCCAGUGGACUCUCACAGAAACAAGAUAUUUUUACAAAUAUUCGUUUGAUCAUCCAUGAUGCAAUAUUAGUGCAUAUGAAGAGUUCACAGUUGGAGACUGCCCUCUUAUUAUGCAGGCUGUGCACAGAUCAGAAAUCGUUCCCUGCCACAAGAGUAGAAUCUGCAGAAGCUUUUAUACUGCAUAUGAAAGAUGAUGUCAUUGCAAUGAUGCUGACUGCAGAAGUCUACAUGGUUAUGGGGAAAACUAAUGAAGCGAAGGACAUCUUGAUGAGGUCCAUGGAGGCUGUAGUUGGAUGCAUACUGAAUCUAACGAGCAGUAGAGAUGCAGAUUGUUAUAAACUGAAAGCAACUGAACUUCUUAAUGGAUUAUUAGCAAAAGUUUAUCUACAGAUUGCUGAAUGUUAUUUACAAAAUCAUUUGAUGAUAGAAGCUUCUUGUUUUCUACAGCGAUCACUGGAAAUAAAACCAGGGCAUCCAGAGGCUGUUAUGCUGUAUCAAAAAAUGCAAACUGGAUCUGUGGGUCAUGUUUCCCACCCAGUGAGUGAUUCAGAGGAAAGCAUGAAUCUUCUGCCAGAAGACUGCAAGAGUACAGCUUUAAUGUAUCUUCUCAAAGGAAAGCAUUACUCAAAAUUUUUUUGAAGUUAUGAUUCUUGGUACAGGACAUUUUUAUCACCAUCUUUCAGUACCCUGAGUAAACAUGUCAUUAUUUUGAAUGUCCUGAAAUUUCUUGUCUGUAAUUGUAAUCUGACAAAAAUAAAUGAAAAAACCGAAAUUUGCCUGGUCA